CGAGGCAAGCCCUGGUCUUGGCGGCCCUGUCGCGCUCCGCCCUCCGCCGGCACCUGCCACCGGAGGCGGCCCGGCUGAGCCGCGCCGUGCGGCAGGCCCUGCUCGGCGCGAGGCUGGGCGGGGGGAGCGCGGGCCUGCAGGCGGCGGACUUGGCGAGGGUCGGCGCGACGCUCCGCUCGGAGGUGGCGGACAUCCUCGCCCUGGCGGGCAGCGCAGAGGCCGAGCGGCUGGCCGUGCAGCACCUGGCGGCCGACGUGGCCCGCUGGCUGCAGGCGCGGGGCGUCGGCCUGGAGGACGCGCUGCAGGCGCUGCGGCUGCAGCUCCGGCUCGAGCCCGCCUCGGGCGAUCCAGGCGAGCCGCCCCUCCCAGGCCCGCUCGCCGAGGGCGACCUUUUCGAACUCUGGCAGGGCCUGGUGGUGCCCCGGCUCGGCCGCGGCCUCGAGGAGAGCCUCAGGGAGAUCAGCGGAAAGCUGGGCUACAUGGAGCCCUGCGACCUCGAGCGGGUGCUGCUGGCCGUGGGCAAGCUCCUGCUGCACGGCCAGGCGGCUCUCGACCUCCUGCUCCGUGCCCGCUGCGCGGCGGCUGGCCCUGCCGCUGCGGCCGGCGAGGCUGCCGCCAGCGGAGCUGCGGCAGCCGUGCGCAGCAGCAGGUUCGGCGCCGAGCAGGAGCGCGAAGUCUGCUGGUACGACCCCACGAUGACGACCGCCUCCUUCCACCUGGAGGACGUGGAGCGCAGGCGCCCCCUCGAGAGGGGGCCCCCCCUCCCCGCCACGGACUGCGCCACGGCGCCUCGCGCCCGGAGCACUGGAGGCCGCGGCGGCCUCACGACCCCCUCCAAGCGCGCGGCGUCUGGGGCCGGUGAGGCCGCGUAUUACGCGCGCGACCGGGGCGAGACCCCGAGCAGGUGGCACUGGCCGCUGCAGGACGCCGAGCUGCCGGGGCGAGGAGGAGGCGCGCGCCCACUGAGGAGAGGCCAGGUCCUCCCGAAGCACAGCGGGGCCAGCGUCCUGCGGUACAGCGCGGCUCGGCCGAGGCCGGCGGGGACUCCCCCGAGCGUCCCCUCGAGCCUGGAGGCCGAGGGCGCGCUCUUCGUCGGCAGCGGCGCCGCCACGUGCCGCCGCGCGCUGGGCGACCAGGUGCCGAGCGCGCUGCGCCAGGACCUGGCCUGGAGGUGUGCCUGGCUCGGAGGCGUCCUGCGGGUGGAGAGGCACCUGACCGCCGUGAGGGAGGCCAUCGGAGACGUGGACCAGACGGGUGGCGCGUUUACGGUGAGCAGCGCGGUUGCAGAGGCAGAUGUUUCGAUGGGAGAGCGGAAGUCUGGUAUCGACACUCUGUUGAACAAGGGCAUGUCCCCCGAGUGGGCCAUCUUGACAGACAUGCCGGUGAUGCCGCCAGACCUGCGCACGAUGGGUGGGAAGGACUUCGAAUCUACCUCGAUUGGUGAUCUGAGCCAUUCUUACGUUGACGUCAUCCAGUCGAGUGACACUUUGCGCAGGAACCUCGAGUUCCGCAGGUCCGAUGCGGUGCUGCGGCAGAGCAAGCUGGACCUCCAGGAAAAAGUGGACAUCGUGCUCGACAACGGGCGCAUCGGCUCAGGCAAAAUGAAAGGUCAAAAAGGAGAAUUGAUGGAUUCUAUCGCGGGCCGGUUGAAGGGCAAGCAGGGCCGCAUGCGGUUAAAUUUGUUGGGCAAGCGGGUCGAUUAUUCCGCGCGCACCGUCAUCGUCGUCGACCCAGCACUAACUUUGGAUGAGUGCGCAAUGCCUUAUCAGAUCGCGCGGCAGCUCUUCCAAGGAUUCUUAGUUGCCGAGCUGCUUAAAACCCCAGAGAUCACCGAAGAAUUUGGCUCCAUAGACGAGAUGACGGAAUUGCGGCCCAGAGAAAGAUUGCUACGCGAGAGCGCGAUCUUGGACAAGUUUGAUCAAAUGGUCGAGGAGGAGCGGUGGCGUUUUAUGACAGCCGCCAUGGGGAACAGACGCGUCAUGCUGAACCGCGCGCCCACCUUGCACAGGCUCGGUAUACAAGCGUUCAAGCCUAGACUCAUCGAUGGCCAGGCCCUCAAGAUCCACCCUCUCGUGUGCGCCCCCUUUAACGCCGACUUCGACGGCGACACCAUGACCAUGCACCUGGCUCUCAGCGAUCAGGCGCAGCUCGAGCUGGAGACGCUGAUGGCCCCGUCGAAGAACAUCUGCUCGCCAGCCACGGGCGACGCCGUCAUCGGGCCCACCCAGGACAUGGUGCUUGGCAUCUACUACAUGACGUCCGGCGCCGGGGGCCGUCGAGCAGCACCUCGCCACUGCCAGAGCGCCCAGG